AUGACAAAUCGUAAACACCACAUCUGGGGUUUGUUGAAGACCCAACUAGACAAACAAAGUCAUAAAAAUUCUUCGAUUUUUUCGGUGAACCGAGGAACCGGCGUCAAUAGUAGUAGCGUACGCUCGGGAAGUAAAAAUAUUAAAAGUGUCAAAAAACAAAUUGGAGCAAUUUAUGGUUUCCCAGAAUUCGUCCGCUUGACCCUGCAGCCGAUUGCGGCCUGUGCAGUCAUGGAUAUAAGAAAAUUCUUUGCACCAAAAGUUGAUGCUAAAGCGGGACCCAGUGCCAAUGAUUCUGAACUAUCGAACGAGACAUCACAGGGCGUAGGUUCUCUAUUAGACAUGAAUAUUGCAAGAAAAAAUUUAAUACCUUUGGACCUACCAAAUAUAGGAGAACCUAUUAAUCAAAUACGUCUUAGGCAAUAUCCCAGAGAAAAAGAUCGUUCUUUUCGUGCGGAGUGGUAUGAUCGGUUUAAAUGGCUAAUUUAUUCUGUCGUGCGUGAUGCAGCGUACUGUUAUCCGUGCAUGCAGUUUGAGCCUCAUAGUUCCAAAGAAACUUCUUUUACGAUUAAAGGUUUUCGUUUUUGGAAACGAGCUCUAGAUCAAAGAGGAUUUCCGAGACAUGAAAAAUGUGUAACACAUAUUCAGGCGAUGCAAAAAUGGAAUGAAAAAAUUCGGAGAGACAACAUGAAUUUGGCAGUAUCUACACUUGCAUGCAAAAGACCUUUGGAACAAAACAGAUACUAUGUAAAAAGUAUUGCAGAAAUUAUUCAAUUUAUUGCUGUAAACGAACUGGCACUUCGUGGAGAAUACAAUUUAGACGAACAUAUCGAAGAAAGUUUAUUUAUUAGACUAUUUCAGUAUACUCUGAAGAAGGAUAAAGAACUGGCAGACUGUUACUUGAAAAUCCCCAAAAAUGCUUGCUACACUUCUCCGGAAAUACAAAAUGAAGUAAUUGAUAUUCUGACAGAAACUGUAAGAGAAAAUAUUUGCUCUGACAUAAAAAGUGGAGAUGUUAAAUAUUUUACGUUACUCGAAGAUGGAACUCAAGACAAGAACCAAAGAAAGAACAUAUCAAUAGGCAUAAGAUAUGUCAAGAACGGAGAGGUAAGGGAAUCUUUAUUAGCUAUAACAACAACCGUCAAGUUAGAUGCUGCUACAUUUACUGAGAAAACAUUAGACAUUCUUGAUGCAAAUGGAUUAGAUCAAAAUAAUAUGCUUAGCCAAUGCUACGAUGGGGCAAGUGUGAUGAGCGGAAAAAGAGGAGGCGUUGCCGCAAGAAUUGAAUCAGCUCUACAGAAAAAGGUACCUUACGUGCACUGUUUUAACCACAGACUGCACCUAGUGGUAAUAAGAGUUGUCUCUGAUAUUGUGAUUUUAAGACUGUUCUUUGAGCAAUGCAUUACAUUUCAUGAAUUUUUUCAACAUCCCAAAGUACACCACAUCUAUGAGGGAAAAAAUAUCGGACGUCUUCUAGAGCAAAGAUGGACAGGUCAUUUGGCCGUUACAAAAGUAAUUCGGAACAAUUUUCAAAAGAUACUCCAAGCAUUAGAAAAAAUUCCACAUGAAAAGUUUGACGGCGACACUAUAGCUAAAAGCCUUGGUUUAUAUGCUAUAAUGAAAAAAAUUGAGUUUCGUUUUGCACUAGUUUUAAGCCACAAAAUUUUAUCACUUUUGGAAUGUGCGAACAACGCAUUAGAAAGUAGAAAAACAAGCCUAAAGGAUGCAGUCGUAAUUACGAAGAUAGCAGUAGAAGAAAUUCGACAGCUAAGGAACGAAUCGAAGUACUUAGAAAUAUUAAACCAAGCCCUAGAUUUAUUGCCAGAGACAGACGAGACAGAAGAAUGCAGGGUUCCUAAACGUAAACGAAAACGGAUUACCAAAGAAGACUAUUUGUUCACCGAUUAUCUUCCAAGUACAAGUACGAACUGUGAAAAUGACCUUAAACGACAAUAUAUGGAAACUAUUGAUUUGCUUCUUGCUGAAUUUGAAAAAAGAUUUGAUGACAAUGACGAGUUAAUUACUGCGAUUUCAAGUAUCGACCAAUUUGAUUUAGAGAAACUUCAGUAUUUAUCAACUUUGGGUAUUCCAUUACCGUCUCAAGAAGAACUUACCGUCGUAAAAAAAUAUUUGUCCAAUAAAGGGGUAAAAGAACAAGAUAUACUACAGGCCCUUUACAACCAACGUGAAGCCGUUAAUGAAAGUUAUAAAUUGUACGCAACUGUCGCUGUAUUUGGGUGUAGUACAGCAGUUAAUGAGUCUUCAUUUUCCACAUUAACUCGUAUAAAUAGACCACAAAGGUAUUCAAUGUCCCAGCAGAGAAUGGCCAAUCUUGUAUACUUAGCUUUUGAAAAAAUUUAA